UUGGCUUCUGGGUCUCCGGGAAGAUGACCCAAGGUCCAUUAGUCACAAAAGGCUGUGUACUGAAAUACAUUUCUGGAGUGGCGCACCUCCUGUGGAUCUGCAUUCACUCUUUCCAAGCUGAAUCAAGUUAAGAGGAAAACAAAUAUCCCCAUUUCCAGCAACUGCCAGCUGAAUGGCUGGCUGGUGUGGCAAUCAUGAAGACUGCCUACUUUUCCAUUCCCAUUCUCCAGCUAUCUGUGCAGAAUGCUGACUGGGCCUUGUGGCAAUCAUGAAUUCACUUCUAUCUCAUCUCCUCUUCAAGCAGUCUUCCAAGUUUAAGGAAAAACUAACUGGCCUUUAAAUAAAAAAAAAGUUCCUGUACAAACAUCUAACUGAAUCAACAAAUGUUUUUUAAAAGAUGAUAACCUGCCUAAAACAUGACAGAAUACGUGAACAUCUGCACAGGAACUGGAAGAAGAUACAAGCAUCAGUUGAGGAGCAAAGGCAAUGUGGAAGUCCUGUCCAGGGCCUAUACGAGGGUCAGCAUCAACUGGUCCAAGUCCAAUUUGAGCCCAGUCACUCCGCCAGCUCCAGACUGACACAAUAACCUGCCCACUCCCCUAACUCCUACCCAGGCUGGCAUGCUGACUGCAGCUGUGGUAUUGGGGCCUAUGCUCCGUUAAGCCCUAACAGGCCACAGCCAAAAUGCAUGGGAUGAGGCAAUUUGGGCUACAGUCAAGCAAGAUUCUAGUUAUGUGAACCCUGUAAUUAAAUAUCUGAUUUUUAUCACAGAUUCAGAUCUGGCCUUAGGCCAACUUGUAAUCUCUCUCAAUAUUUCUUGUUGAGCCUGCUUUUCACAAUCUGCUCUACGUUUCCCCAAAAAUGAUCAAUAUAAGAUAAACUUCUCCUGACAUUGCGUAUGCAGUCUCAGCAACCCCUCCCCCCGGGAGCCAGACUACAACAAACAUUUUGAGAUUAAAAUUGGGCACAACUUUAUUUAUUUAUUUCAGCCGUAGGUAAACCUUGGCAUAGGCAUUGGGAGUGUAUCCCUCUCAGCCCCCUGCUGGCUUCUCUUCAGGGGUCUGAGGCAUGACAGGGUCAGCUGGGGGGGGGUGCGGAAUCAGGCCAUUGCAAAACAUGGCGGUUUACACAGAUGUUUCCUCCACCCAAGGCACUGAGGCAGCACUAGGGACCAAGUUGUUGGGCCUGACCUACAUCUACAGCCAGAAUAGCGCAAUGUGCCAAGUCAAAUGGGAGCCAGCAGUAGCACAAAGUCAAUGGUGGAUUUACUCACAAGAAAAAUGAACAGAAGGAAUAAUACUAUUGACAGUAUCAAGGCAUCAUAUACUAUUCCAUCAACAGUUUUAAUUGUUAAUGUGCAAACUCUGGAAUAUUCAUACAAAAGAAUAUGACAACCUCCCCUUCUGCAUUGUGUUUUGCUAUAGGCAUUGAAGCAUCUGCAAUUAUGAUUAAGUCUAAUGAACAAAUGUAGAAGUAGGUCCUUCUAUUUCCAAAAUAAGUCUUUAUGCUGAUGGAGUAAUAACAUUAUCAAGUCCUCUAAUGCCAGCACAAUAUAUUCUCCAAAAGCAUCAGAGAUUUUGAAGAAGGUUGAAGGUACAGUAUGAAUAUGAUAAAUAUGUAUCCUAAUAUUUUGUAACUGAUUUGUCUGAAAAAAUAUUACACACACAGGUGAAUGUAAUAUGAAAAAAGUAUUUUAGAUCUGUAUCGGCACAGUAUACAGGGUGGCCCCAAAGUAGGUAUACAGCUGAAUCAAUGAAAUUAAUCACAACUGAUUAUAUGGAUACACAUAGUUGGCACACAACAAAGUGGCAGUAAAUUUCAGGCUGGCAGUUGGAAAGAAUAGUGGAGUAGAUAAAAGGGUUAUUUUUCUUUACUGAUAUUGUGAAUGAUGACAGUGAACUUGAGUCAAGAACAAAGGAAGUGGAUUCUAAAGCAGUAUAUCUACUUUUGGGCCAACCCGUAAGCAGUGCUUUUUCUUCUUCUUCUAAAAAAAUGUUUAGGGGUACUCUCAUUUUGACUCAAGAAAAUAUAGUUAAAAUCGGGGAAAAUAAAUACAGUAAAUGGACCAAAGUACAAAGAUUCACAAAAUGUUUAGGGGUAUGCGUCCUCUUGCGUCCCCCCAGAAAAAAAGCACUGCCUGUAAGUUUGUUAAGUGUUGGAUACAGAACCGAUCAACCAAAUAAAAAACAGCAAAUUUGAUCUAAUUUUGGAUAGUUCACGAUCUGACGUCAAAAAAAGAUCUAUUUCAGCUCUAUUAUAUAGCUCUCAUAGACAAGACGGUUGAUUAAAAACAAGGAUGGUGUAAAUAGGCAGAAUCUCAACAUGUAAGUCAGGACAUUUUGUUUAUUACAAAACAUGAAUAUUAUUAUUUUCCUUUCAAUUCUGAAGAUAUAGCAACAUGUGUGUUUGCUUCAUAUACUCAGCUGUGGGAGAAGCAAAUUGGACGUUUCUGCUCAGAGAGUGGGGCAUUGUUCAUCUGAUAGCUUCUUUACCAGGAAGAACUCUGAGCUUCUUAUCAGAAGCAGGACACAGAAAAAACAGCUCAUUUUUUCUUAACAGAUUCAUUCUAUUCUUCAUUGGCCCUCCCACAAUUUUUCUAGGAGUUACUUAAAAACAGAGAGAGAGAGGGAAGGAGGGAGCACAGGGAUGUGUUAAGGAAGUAAUUCUGACUUCAAUUUAGUAUCAUUUCUCUCUCUCUACGGAACACAAUACACACAGGAGGAACUUUUCAGACAAAAGGAAGUAAAAGCAGGAGACUGAAUCAGUGCAGGGAGAAAUCAUGGAGCCAUUCCAUUGGGUGUUCUCCAUGCUCAUGGCCAUAUGGAAUAACCUCAUGUUGCUGGUUAUACUAUUCUUUUUGUUAACUCUAUCCUUUGAUUUUAUGAAGCGUAGGAAGCCUUGGAGCAACUACCCGCCAGGGCCUAUUUCCUUGCCCUUUAUUGGCACCCUUUUGCAGAUUGAUAUGAGGAAGCCUCAUCUUUCUUUCACUCAGCUGUCUAAGAAGUACGGGAACAUUUACAGCCUGCAAGCCUUCUAUACCAAUGUCGUGGUGGUGAAUGGAUUCAAGCUAGUGAAAGAAGCUUUAGUCCACAAGUCAGAGGAUUUUGCUGAUCGUCCUGAUAUGCCUGUCCAGAGUUAUUUGGCAGGAUACAAGCAAGGACUGGUAUUUGCAAAGUAUAAUUAUGCCUGGAAGGAGCAGAGGAGGUUUCUUGUCUCAAACUUGAGAGAUUUCGGAAUGGGGAAGAAAUCCCUGGAAUGGCAAAUGAUUGAGGAAGCUGGCCAUCUGUGUUCUGCAUUCCGCGCUGAGGGAGACCAUCCAUUUGACCCUCAGUUUAUUAUAAACAAUGCAGUUAGCAAUGUGAUCGCCUCUAUGACUUUUGGCUAUCGCUUUGACUACAAAGACCAGAAAUUCCAGGAGCUGCUGCACUUAUUUGAAGAAUGCAUUCAAGAUGCAUCAGGAUUGUGUACUCAGCUCAUUAAUAUGAUACCUUGCUUGCUGCACAUCCCACCACUGGAACAGAUAGUCUCUAAACACCACAUGGGUUUGUACAACUACAUAGAAAACAUUCUGAAGGUGCACGUGAAAACCUGGGAUUCAUCCUGCAGGAGGGACAUCAUUGAUGCUUUUCUGGAAGAAAUAGAAAAGAGGAAGAAAGAUGUGAAGACAAGUUUCAAUCGUGACAUCCUUCGUCUAAUAAUUACUGAACUUUUUGCUGCUGGCACUGAAACUGUUGCCACCACUCUGCGCUGGGGCCUGCUGUACAUGAUCCAAAAUCCAGAAGUCCAGAGUAAAGUCCAAAAAGAAAUUGAUGAUGUGAUUGGCAAGAACAGGUCAGCCACCAUGGGGGACCAGGCAUCCAUGCCUUACACUCAUGCUGUGAUAAAUGAAAUUCAGCGAUUUGCUGAUGUUUCUCCAUUGAUGCUGCCUCACAUGGCGUACCGGGACACGACAUUACAAGGCUUCUUCAUCCCAAAGGGUACCACGGUCAUCUUCAACCUGUCAUCUGUACUGAAGGAUGAAACUGUGUGGGAGAAGCCUUAUGAGUUUUACCCAGAGCAUUUCCUUAAUAAAAAGGGGGAAUUUGUGAAACGAGAGGGCUUCCUGCCUUUCUCAGCAGGUUUGCGUGUAUGUCCAGGAGAACAGCUAGCCAGGACAGAGCUCUUCCUCUUCCUCACCAGCCUCCUUCAGCAUUUCACCUUCUGCUUCCCAGAAAACCAGUCUAAACCUCAACAAGAAUCUCGCUGUGGCUUGACAGUAGCGCCACCCCCCUUGCAGAUCCGGGCUAUUCCAAGAUAACUAUAGAUACCUGCAACGCACUUGUGCUGCACUCAAACUUUUACCCUAUCAUAUGGUUACUGAAAUCUCACAGGGUGACCCAGAUAUUCACUUUCUCUCCUAGUUCAUUGGAAUUUAAAUCUCACUUUGAACAAUGACUCUUUUUGUUCAGAAUUUCUAAAAGCAUGCACAGUGGUACCUUGGGGUGAGAACGGGAUCUGUUCCAGAGCCCCGUUCGCAUCCUGAAUGGAAUGUAAGACGCGACGGCAUGUCUGCGCGUGUGCGGGUCGUGUUUUGCUGCUUCCGCACAUGCGUGUGACGUCAUUUUGAGCAUCUGCACAUGCGCGAGCGGCGAAACUCGGAAGUAAUGUGCUCCGUUACUUCCGGGUUGCUGCGGAGCACAACCCAAAAGCGCUCAACCUGAAGCACAUUCAACCCGAGGUAUGACUGUAUAUUGCCUGGUCCUUUUAAACCAUGAUGGGGCAAAGAAAUUUGAAUGAGCUGUAUUCAGAAAUAUAUCUUUCCCUUAUUAUUUUCAAUCAAGUGAUUGCGUAUCUUAUUAAACUGAUUUUGUUCAUAUUA